UGUUGAUUGUGUGGAGGGGGGGAGGGGCGAACCCUAUUUGAUGCUCACUACAUCAAAUUGCUGGCGAUUCGCAGAAGAGGCAUCAAGCCAAGGCAUUGCGGAGAUUGAGCUUGACUACGUGGCAUGACUGGUUGUCACACGUAGCACCGCUCCACUGGCAGCAGUCAUGGCCUCUCCAGAAGCCCAGGCGUUUAGCAGGAUCACUUGUCAUGCCAGUUUGAAGGAGAGGAGCGCCGCCCUGUCAGGCGCGGCACAGCUCCCGUUGGAUGUUUCUCCGGCAUAGGAAGAUGAGGUGGCCAUGGAUGUGGACGUGAUUGCUAGGAUGAUCAAAAGGCAGCUGGCUGCAUCCGGGGCAGAUCUUUUUGUUGCGGCCAUUGUGUCAUCUUCCCUGCAAGGCUGGCGAGGAAGCCGGGAUAAUAUAUAUGGUGCAUCACUUGACGUGAGAGGUUGGGAAUUCCGCCCCUUCGGUUGCAUCACGGUGAAUGUGUACACUCAGUAUCCGCAGAUGAACGGUCAAGCAGAGUAGUACCACACAGCAGUCAGCAGGGGACGAUUUAGUGGAGAAGAGAAACGAAGGAAUCUGCAGAACGGACAUUCAGAAAUGGUAGUGCCUGUGGUCAUCAAUCAGUUUCAGUAAUCAAUCAACAAGAGGAGAAAUGUGGGCUGUCUAUUGUUGGAGCCAUCAGUAACCAGGACUUCUGGGCUGCUCUGCCUUGUGAUGACCGGGAAGGCUUUGCCUUACCCAGAUUUGAAUCCUCCCAGCUGACAGCACAUCGACGGGAGACAUCGAGCCAAGCAGCUUCUGGGCUGAUUCGAUGAAGCAAGCGUUAGGCAGAAAAGAGACCGGCCGCUUGGGAUAGAGAUGGAAGAGGAAUGCAUGCGGAGGAGGGAGAAGGAUUUCUCUAGGAUUUGUUUGUAAAUCAGACAUUCCACAACGUUCGUUCGUUUUUGUAAUGCUUCACGACUGAUCUCACCGUGAUAACAUCUACGAGGAUUUUUCAAAAGAGAUUGUUAUACAAAUAUUAGGGGCAUGACGCAGUGUAGGCUGACACGUUACCUGUACAAAAUAUCGCAAAGAUCACUUUGUAUAUGUAUUACUGUCACUGCUACAAUUGCAAAGAACAGUCAGGAGUGAAGGUGACUGUUGAAGUGUUGAUACACAAUAGCUAUCCGUCCGUUUAUAGCUUAAUGUUUCAGUCACUAUUCUGAGUUUCUGACUAGUCAGCAGUCAAGGUCGCAUCCCAACUCAGAGGUGGACAGCUGAUAUGUCAACUCUUGACCACUUGGAAAGUUGGAAGUCAAUCUACCAGAAUUCCAAGAACACUGCAUUAUACAACCAUCUGCUUCCACGAUCAAACAUUUGUGGAUGCUCGGUUCGUCAAAGCAUCGCUUGCUUGUAGACCAAGGACUGGUACAACUAUCUACUUACUCCCAGUUAGCCACCUUCAUUAGUACGAAGAUCUUAGCCUGAUCGAUCAAUGGAUUGGCCGGCUCUCACCAGCUUCACGGCGGUCACAAUCCUUAUUUUCCUACCGUUGAGCGCUUCUGACGAUCGGCUUGUCCCUGACAGGGCGCUGUCCCCAGGUAACUUCAUCCUCUCCGAUGAUGGUGGAUUCGCCUUGGGCUUCUUCAGCCCCUCCAACUCCACUCCUGCUAGCCUGUACCUAGGCAUAUGGUACACCGGCAUCCCCGAGCUCACAGUCGUGUGGGUCGCCAAUCGAGAAACCCCGGCCACCAACACCACUUCCUCUCCACCAACGGUCUCCCUCACCAACACCUCUAAUCUGGUUCUCUCCGAUGGUAAUGGUGGCCACCGUGUCCUUUGGACAACGACCAACGUGGCCACCGCCGUGGGCUCAUCUACCUCAACGGUAGUGCUUCUGAACACUGGCAACCUCGUUAUUCGGUUGUCAAAUGGCACCAUGUUGUGGCAGAGCUUCGACCACCGCACUGACACAUUCCUCCCUGGCAUGAAGCUACGGAUAAACAAUAGCACACAGGGCACCGCCGAGCAUCUAGUAUCCUGGAAAGGCCCUAACGACCCUUCGUUGGGGCGCUUCUCCUAUGGCAGCAACCCGAACAGAUCCCUCCAAGUAUUCCUAUGGGAUGGGGAGCACUCGGUGUCUCGCAGCGCCCCAUGGACAGGGUACCUAGUGAUGAGCCAAAGCCAACAACAACUUGGGGGGACAAGGGCAACUAACGUCAGUGAUUUUAUCAUCUAUGUGGCCUUCGUCGACAAGGACGAUGAGAUGUACAUCACCUAUAGCCUCUCGGACGGCGCCCCACGCACCAGGUUAGUGCUAACCUACUAUGGCGAGUAUCAGCUCCAGAGUUGGAGCAAUAAGUCGUCAGCGUGGGCUGUCCUUUGGAAGUGGCCGUCUGCUGAAUGCAACCGCUACAAUUAUUGUGGCCCAAAUGGAUACUGCGAUGAGACAUCCACCACGCCUGCCGUGCCAGCAUGCAAGUGUCUCGACGGCUUUGAGCCGACUAACACACAGGAAUGGAGUGUAGGCAGAUUCUCGGCGGGGUGCCAAAGGAAGAAGGCGCCGCGAUGCAGUGACGACUUCUUAGCCUUGCCGGGGAUGAAGUCACCUGACAUGUUUUCUUCCGUGGGCGGGGACAGGAGUACGUUCGAGGAGUGCACAUCAGCGUGCAGCCGCAAUUGCUCGUGCGUGGCAUACACGUUCAGCAACCUGAGCACCGGCAGGUCUGGAGGAGACGUGACGAGAUGCUUGGUGUGGAAUGGGGAGUUGGUUGACAUAGGAAAGAUAGGGGAGCUUGGCGGUGAGACACUUUAUCUCCGGCAUGCACGCAUGGAUGCAACAACUGGUAGAAGAACAAAGAGAAAAGCAAUGAGGAUUGUGUUGCCAGUUUUAAGUUCUAGUGUUUUGGUAAUCAUCUGCAUCUUUCUUGCAUGGUUAAAAUUCAAAGGCAAGAACAAAAAAUGGAGAAAUCAAAAUAAGAUAAGUUUGGUUGGUAUGAAUACCUCUAAUGAAUUUGGAGAAGGAAAUCCUCCCCAUGAUCGGGAAUUUCCAUUUGUAAGAUUAGAAGAAAUUGUGCUGACAACCCACAAUUUCUCUGAAACAUGCAUGAUUGGACGAGGAGGCUUUGGUAAAGUAUACAAGGGAAUGGUAGGUGGUCAAGAAGUUGCAAUCAAGAGGCUAAGUAGAGAUUCUCAACAAGGAACAAAUGAAUUCAGAAACGAAGUAAUUCUGAUUGCCAAAUUGCAACACAGAAACUUGGUUCGACUUCUUGGAUGUUGCAGUGAGGGAGAUGAAAAGCUCCUAAUUUACGAGUAUCUGCCUAAUAAGAGCUUAGAUGCUACUCUUUUUGAUGACUAAAAUUGUUGUUGGACUGGGAGACACGAUUUAUUAUAAUCAAAGGGGUUGCAAGGGGACUAAUGUAUCUUCACGAAGAUUCAAGGUUCACCAUAAUUCAUAGAGAUCUCAAAGUUGGAAAUAUUUUGCUAGAUGCCGAUUUGAAACCCAAGAUAGCAGAUUUUGGUAUGGCUAGAAUCUUUGGUGAUAACCAGCAAAAUGCAAAUACCCAACGUGUUGUUGGAACAUAUGGCUACAUGGCUCCUGAGUAUGCAAUGGAAGGCGUCUUCUCUACCAAGUCUGAUGUCUAUAGUUUUGGCGUGUUACUACUGGAGGUUGUAACUGGCAUAAGAAGAAACUCCAUUAGUCAAACCAUGGGAUUCCCUAGCCUCACAGUUUAUUCAGGAAUAUGUGGAAGGAAGCGAAGACCGAGGAACUGCUAGACUCAUGUAUCGUAAAUACUUCACCGGUCGAAGUUUUGCUUUGCGUCCAUGUGGCACUCUUGUGUGUCCAGGAGAACCCAGAUGAUAGGCCGCUUAUGUCAUCUGUUGUGUUCAUCCUAGAGAAUAGAAUCACCACACUUACAGCCCCAGUCGCCCCGCCUACUUCGCACGACAAAGUGCUGAAAUUGCUAAUAUAAAAAAUGACAUUCGGACUUCCGUGAACAGUUUUACUCUUACCGAGAUAGCGGGGCGAUGAAGUAAUAAUUUUCAGGUUUAGAUGUAUAUGUUAGGAAUAAGCAACUUGUAUUCCCAUGAGGCCAUAGGCCGAUAUAUAUACAUGUACAG